UUUGGUCAGGCAGACCGGAGAAAUGGCAGAAACUGUGAAACUCCCAAUCAUAGACCUCUCCUCGCCCGAUCGCAUAUCUACAGCCAAGUCAAUCCGUCAGGCAUGCGUGGACUGUGGCUUCUUUUACCUUGUGAACCAUGGAGUGGAAGAACAACUUCUUAGCAAAGUUUUGGAAGAGAGUAAGAAAUUUUUCUCCCUCCCCUUGAACGAGAAGAUGAAGCUGUCUCGCAAACACCACAGAGGUUACACUCCAUUGUAUGCGGAGAAUCUUGACCCCCUUUCAAGAUCCAAAGGUGACUCAAAGGAAACCUUCUAUGUUGGUCCUGUGGCGGGGGAUAUGGCUCAAACUAAUCUUAAUCAAUGGCCUUCACAAGAAAUACUCCCAUCUUGGAGAUUGACAAUGGAGUCUUACCAUAAAAAACUUAUGUCUGCUGGGAAAAAAUUAAUCUAUUUGAUUGCUAUGGCUUUAAAUCUGGAUGAAGAUUACUUUGAGAAAGUAGGAGCCUUGGACACACCGAAUGGCUUCCUUCGCCUCUUACAUUAUCCAGGUGAACUGGGGUGUUUUAAUGAGCAAAUAUAUGGCGCUUCUGAACAUUCAGAUUAUGGAAUGAUUACUCUUCUAGCUAGCGACGGUGUUCCAGGACUUCAGGUAUGUCGGGAGAGAUUUAAUCAACCACGGCUGUGGGAAGAUGUGCUACACAUAAAUGGGGCUUUCAUAGUUAACAUUGGGGACAUGAUGGAGAGGUGGACUAAUUGUUUGUUCCGGUCAACACUGCAUAGAGUAAUGCCAGUGGGACAAGAACGCUACUCUUUGGCAUUCUUCUUAGAUCCCAACCCAGAUUGUGUUGUGGAAUGUUUGGAAAGUUGUUGCAGUCCAUCAUGCCCUGCAAGAUUCCCCCCCAUUCGCAGUGGGGCCUACUUGGAAGAGCGGUUUAAGCUUACAUACGGCGAAUAAAAGCUUUAGAUGAUCAAAGACUGCUCUUGUUGCUCUCAAAAGUGUAAGAUCAUUUUGCUCUUAAUUGGGAUUAACUUGUAUCUCAUGAUUUAGGUCCUCAACUUCAGAGGCAUUUAACGGUGAUUUGUCUGUUCAUCUGACAUCCACUAAUGACCAAUUUUCUGAAGUUUCAGUUGAAAUAUUAGUCCAAAA